AUGCCUGAGGCUCUAAGUAACAACAGGGAGAGUGCAAACCAAUCCAAUAACACCAAGGACAAGCAUCUUCCAGGCUCUGGUACCCAACAAGGUCUAACGCCCCGUGAGAGGCAACCCCCAGAUCACCGAAACUACCCUCUUCGACGUGCUGCUCUCGAAGCCAAGGCAGUGAGCAGCUUUCUGUGGUAUUCCUGCGAGAGCCGCAUCAUUAUUCGAAUUCCAUUCACAAGUGCACACUUUGCGAACAUACUGCCUGCAAUUCCUGUCGUGGAACCCCAUGCAUUCGUAUCUGCAGGCUUCCCCGUCUCUCUCCCCCACAAUCAUCCCUGA